AUCUGGGUAUAUGUUAUUGGGUUCUGUGACGAAUAUUUUAAUUGAGUUUUAUUGAAAUCUUUUAUUUGAGAAAGACCCAUCUAUGAUUUUGCCUUGUCAUACAACUAGAUGAAUUUAAAGCAUGAUGAUAGAUCUAGAAAGCUUUUUCUUGAUUUCCCUUUCCCUAAUUAAUCAAUUUUAUUCCAUGAUCCUUUGGUCAAGAUUGAUUGUGAUUUGUUGACAAGGCCUACAUAGACAACUUGUUUAUCUUUUGAAAUCAAAUCAGCUCCACAUCUCCUCCAUCCAAGCAUGUUUCUACUUUGAAAUAGAUAGAGAAACCUUCAAGUUCUUCAAGCAGUUUCACUGUCCAUGGCAGAACCAGCAGCAAAUUGAGAAGGUAAACGACAUUCAACAGGAGGAUUUGCCUAGUCAUCCUGCUCCUUCAUCAUCUGCAAUGGAAGAAAAGAUGGAGGAUAAACAGGUUGAGCCAUCUCUAACCAAAGAGGUAAAUAAAACAGAUGAUGAUCAUGGUGAUGAUCAUACUCCUGCAAUGGAUGCCCCGGUUGGAGAUAAACCAGAAACUCAGGCUGCGGAGGAACAACCAAAAAAGGCACCGAAGAUGGAGGAUAAACAGGUUGAGCCAUCUUUAACCAAAGAGGUAUAUAAAACAGAUGAUGAUCAUUAUCAUACUCCUGCAUUGGAUGACCCGGUUGAAGAUAAACCGGCCGCUGAGGAACAACCAGAGGAGGCACCGAAGAUGGAGGAUAAACAGGUUGUGCCAUCUUUAACCAAAGAGGUAAAUAAAACAGAUGAUGAUCAUUAUCAUACUCCUGCAUUGGAUGACCCGUUUGGAGAUAAACCGGCUGCUGAGGAACAACCAGAGGAGGCACCGAAGAUGGAGGAUGUUGUCGAGCUUGCGGUUGUAGCUGAAAGUGAUAAAAACCAACCGCAGGAGAAAUCAGAGAGUGAAUCUGUUGGAACUCAACCUCCCGAGCAACCAGCAGUUGAGGUGGUUGAGAAGCAACGAGAGGUGGAACCAGCAACUGAGGCUGUUGAGGAAGUAACAGAAGCAGCACCAAAGAUGGGGGAUGUCACUGAACCAUCAGUUGUAGCUGAUAGUGCUGAACACCAACCGGAUGAGAAGCAACCCGGGGAGGGCAAACCCUCAGCUAUGACUGUUGAGAAAGAACCAGAAAAGGCAGUGGAGGAUGUCAGUGAACUACCUGCUGUGGCUGAUAGUUUGAAGUGCCAACCAGAGGCGCAACCAGCAAGUGAAUCAAUACCACAAGUUGAGGUCGCUGAGAAGCAACCGGAUAUUGCCCCUGUUGAGAGACAACCAGAAGAGGCAUCAAAGAUUGGGGAUGUCAUCGAACCACCAGUUGCAGCUGAUAGUUCGAAGUCCCCACAGGAGGAGCAGCCAGCAAAUGAAUUCGUACAACCAAUCGAGGUUGUAGAGAAGCAGCCAGCUAUCGAUCCUGUUGAGAAACAAGGAGAAGAUGAACCAAAGAUUGUAGAUGUCACAGAAGCAUCUUUUGCUGCUGUCAGCGCUGAAAACAAACCAGAGGUUCAACCAGUGAGUGAAGCUGUUGAAGUGCAGAAACCAGCAGAGGUUGUUGAGAAGCAACCUGAGGGGCAGCCGAAAAUAGACGAUACCCUUCAGCCAUCGAUUGAAACAGUGGAGAAAACAGAGCAAGUAGAGGUUUUACUUGUCAAGGAAUCAGAAGCAGUAGAAGUGAUAGAGAUUGGAAGUUCUGAAUCAAGGCCUGAAAGCAAAGAAGCUCAGGAACUGGUUCCUGGAGGAGACAAUAAACCUCAAGAACAACCUGGAGCUGCUGAACAAGUUGGGAAAGAAAGUGCAGAAAUUAAACCUGAUGAGAGUGUGAAGGUUGAAGUAGCAAAUGAAAAAGAGAGCUCCACUGAUAAGAUUAAGGGUUCACAGUUGGAAGAGGAGCAAAAAACCACUGGAGAGAAACCGGCGACAACCGAAAGUGUGGAUCAGAACACAUCAACCAAUGUGGAAGCUCAAAUUGCAACAAAGGAAGAUGCAGGAGAAAACCCUCCCACUGUUGUCACCGAAAACGCCAAUAUAGAUGAUAGGGAGAGAGAACUGAGCAUAGUUGAAGGGUUUCCAAAAGAGGACGUCAAAGAAUCGGGAAAGAUCGAACUCGAGAGUGAAGGAAGUAAUGUCAAAGCUGAAGAAGAGAAUGAAGAGACGAAAGUCAUGAAUGAGCCUAAAACUAUCAUAGUUGAAGACGUGAGCAGCACCAUUGCUUCCACUGAGGUGGCCGAGAAAUCUUUGGAAGAAGAAAAGACUUCCACAGAUACUGAAUUAGUUGCUGAGAAUGGGAAAGAGAGCAUAGAAAAUGAGACUGUCACUUCAGUUGAUAAGAACAGGGAGAUGGAAGCGGAGGCAGAUGAAGUCUCUGCUACUGAUGUUGAAGAACAAUUUGAAGAGCCCCAGAAAUCUGGGACAGAAGUGAAAGGCGAAGAAACUGCCCAAACCGAAGAAGCUAACCUGGAAAAGGAAAAGGAAGCCGGCGAGACUCUGAAACCUGAUGCUCCAACUGCAGAGCUCACCAAAAAUGGUGAUGACUCAAAGAAUUCCGAGGAACCUCCCAAAGAAGAGAUCACAGAAAAGCCUUCUUCAAAGCAAUCGAAUAGCAUUAUGGCAAAGGUGAAGCAAUCGCUAGUCAAGGCGAAGAAAGCUAUCAUAGGAAAAUCACCCAACUCCAAGACGGUCUCUUCUGAAACAAAGGGUGACAGCAAAAACAAGUAAAUCAACAAGGGACUUUGAACCCAAAGGAGAAGCAGAAUGCAUAUAUUUCCAAAAGCCUGGUAUCUUACUUAUUGGCUAUUGCUUCAUGUACAGUGAAUUUGUUUGGUUGGGCAGUGCUUGUGAAUUUGUGUUGGCUGUUGGCUUGCUUGUUUGACUAGCUGGUGUGUUUUUAUAGAAGAUACACAUAAUGGUUUGUUGUUCAACAGUGUGCAAUUUAGAUAGAUAAUUUUUUCAUUCCAUUCAUUGGAGUCCUCUAUGUAUAGUUUGGGUUGCUGCUGUCAGGUCUAUUGAGUCUUUGAAGAAGAACAUAGUUUGAGAAGUGAGACUGUAUGGAACUCUGUUUACAGCUUGAGAUUGUUACUAUUGUUGUCAACAGCUAUAUUUGAAUUGUGCAAAUUAUGUGAUAUACAGAUUAUCCUUCA